AGCUAUGGAGAUAGCACUGCAAGGCGACAGCAAGGGUAUACUCUACGAAGGCUACACCAAAGCCUUCAAACAGUGCAUUUUCGAAGAAGGAGAUGUAGAGGGAAAGAACGAACGAUAUGAAUUCCGUUGUGACUAUGAUCUCGAAUGUUGUGGACGUACCUGCUGCAUUCCACAAGCCACUACUAUCCCAUUCUGGUUGAUGUUGAUUCUUAUUGCAUUGGCCAUUUUCUUGAUAGCACUUCUACUCGCCUGUCUAGCGUACUAUUUGGCAAAAUAUUUGAAAUCCCGUCCAAAGAAAGACGCGAAUGCAACUUCCUCUACUACUGGUAAUAAGUACUCUGCUCUCCGUAACAAUGGUGAACUUGUUGAUGAAUACGCAUUCCAAGAGCAAAAAUACAGUACCCCUGAUGAUAUCUACAGUGCUUAUGGUAGAAAAUAUGAGACUGGCUCCAGAAACGGAGGAUACAAGAAUGGAUACGGAAAUGGCAGGAAUUUGGAUGUUGAACGCUCAGGAGGCCCAGAUGAUGGAUACCGAAGACGAGAGUACGCCGUGAGCCAGAACUAUCUCAGAAGACCGUCGAAUAAUGUGUAUGACAGCGACAACGGAUCAAUGGUCCGUCAUGGAGUGCAUGAAACUGUGGAAGAGAGUUUUAAACAGGAGAUUGUCUAUGAAAGGCCUGUUUCGACAGAUUCCAGAGAAAUGCUCUGAAAUGUUUAGAAUGUUCUACUACUCUAUCAAAUGGUGCUAAAAUAUAUCUGUUGUUGUCUGAAACAUUUACCUGAAAAAUGCUCAAUCACUGCCAAAAGUCACAAAAUUAUUCAUUCCAAUUUAAAUUUACAUUAGAAAACAGCCCAACAGUUUAUUUUUGCUGCCGUCUUUUUACAUAUCUCGCAUGAUGUACAUUUUUCCCUUUUCCACUUCUUCUUUCUUCUCUUGUUGAUGAAUCUUAAUCCUGAAAUUCCCAGUAUUCUAAUUUUGUUUUGUGAUUUUUCAACGCUCUUUUCCCAACUACCAAUUACCGUUUACUCUUAUGAACAAUCUGAAUAAAAAAUUCUAAAAUUGAAUAACAAUUUUCUUCAGAAAAAUUCAUCCCGUCUCCAAUGCAAGAGACGACGUUGAUGAUGCCAAAACCAGUGCAGAUCACGCAGAGAAACGAGGAUGAAAUCAGCCGAGCAUCGGUUGCUCAGCACGUCGAGCCCGCUCCAUUGUCCCCUCAAAGAGCACACAACGCCUUUUACAGACCGUUUGUUGCCGACGAUGUUGAUGACAGAGACAUGCCUGCUCCACUUCGCGGCUCUAUCUCGUAUCAUUCCGUGAAUGAGCUCACAAACAGCCAGUUCGGAACAAUUAAAACAAUUGAGAAACCCAAGGAUCGCAGCUCA